AUGAAAAUGGCACAGAGUCGAUUGGAAGCUGGGACCCUUGCACGGGUGCAUGGCCUGCGAACGGUGGCGGAGUUGAAUGGAAGCACGGUUCACUUGCAUAAAUGGGACGUCGUGGCGCAGCGCUGGAUCGUCAGCUUGCAAGAUGGAUCUGUGAAGUCCAUUCGUCCACAGAACUUGUUGAGACUACCCUCCUCUCGAGCAAGUUUUUCAAGUCCUCCAGCACAUACAGAGGCAACAGGAGACGCUUCGCAGUCUGGAGCACAAUUUGACCGUGAGGAGCUGAAGAGCUUAGCUCGUCAGAUGCUCACGGACUGCGAGGCAGACCAGGUCCUUGAUGCUUUAAGUACAGAAGAGCUGCUGGAGCUGGUGCAAACCUUGCAGACAGACGCGUCGGGUGGCUACCCGCGUGGGGAAGAGACUCAGCCCGCCGCAAGUGCAGCAAACACACAGGCCACAAGCAUGUCACCAGAAAGGGGAGGUUUUCAAGAGCGCUUGGAACAUUUGGAGCUGGAAGAAGCUCGUGUCAAGUCGCUUGUGGAGGCCCAAUCCAAACUAGCCAAAGAGCUCGAAGCGCGAGAGGAAGCCUUGCGACUUGCAGAAGAGCGCUUGGAACAACGUCGGGCAGAACCCCCAGAGGCAGUUGCAGUGAAGAUCCCCUUUGUCAUAUCUGACGAGGAAUCCCCCGCAUUGAAGGCGGAACGUGCUGAGCUUCAAAGACUCCGUGACGAGGUUGAAGCAACUGCCAGGGAGAUGGAAGCAAGACAGCAAGCUGCCAAGCAGCAAGCCAAAAACUUCGAAGAGCGGGAGUUGCAGCUUCUAGAGGAGGAGUCGGCGCAAUUGCAUGCUGCGUCCGCGUUGAAGGAAGAAGAGGCCCGCUUGGAAAUGCAACGACGCAGCCUUGGGAUGCUGCAACAGGCUCUUCUCAAAGGAGCCAGUGAGGCCAAAGGGCCUGCAACUGGCGUGACCACUGAGCACUCGCUUGAUGACGAGACAUUUAACCAGCACGAAGAGACCGCAGCAGGAGCCAGCAGCGGUGGAGAUGACGAGGUCUGGGAGUUGGAUUGGAGCAGUGCUUUUGGAGAGACGCGCGGCACUCCAGAGACGCGCAACGUGAAGAGAAUGGCGCUGAUCCACAGCAGGCCAGUAGAUUCGAGGAUCGCCAACUACCAGAAUUUUGAGAUUAGGCAGACCACCCGAAUCACGGUGAACGUCGAGGCGACUGCAGAGAGGUCAGAAGUGGUGGAAGAGGUUUCGACAAGAAACUAUGGCGUCCUGGUCUUCAUCAUGGUACUGAUGCUGAUGGUUGCAGGGCUCGCCUGGGCAGUGUGGUGGCUAUGGCGAGUGGUGGAAGAGCUGAAGGUGAAGAUCGCAGAUGCCAAGGAUAGCUCCUAUGUGAAUGGUGUCUCAACAAGAGCCUACGUGCAAGGCAUGCGAGAGGAGAUGAAGACAAUGAAGGGCUACAUCGAGAGGAUUCAUCGAGGAUUGGUGAAAGCCUCUGGAUAUGUCGACAAUGAAGAGGUCAAGGAAGAGGAUUGGAAGCAUUGGGACUACAUUCAACGUUCCAACAGGGACUUCGAUUGGAGACGAAUCCAUGCCCAGAUCAAGGCAUACAAAGAAGCGUGUGAGAAGGAUGAUGGGCCUAUCGACUUGAGGCCAUAUAGAAACACCGAAGACGAAGACAUGGAGGACGAAGAGGAAGAGACGGUGACAGUCCGUCUCGACAGUGGUGAAGUGGUUGAGAUCCCGGCUCGAUUCAUCGAGGCGCGGGAACCAGAGAGCGAAGCUCCCGCGGUUUCAAUGGAGGUGACUGAGCAACCGGGUGAAGUAGAGUGGGCAGAGGAAGAUCUGCCAGUACCAGUGUCAAGGAUCGAAGAUCCAACGAUAGGUCAGGCAACAAGUUCCUGGAUCACAAAGGAUGAAUUUAAUGCUUUGGCUGAGUUUGAUGGCCCUGAGGCAAGAUCAGGCCUACGAGCCAAGCAGCACAUGUUGAAGCUCCAAGAUGAGUGGACAAGGGCCGACCGUGAAGGGAACCACGAAAGGAAGCUUGAGAUUUACACCAUGAUGGAUGUGCGCUAUCCCUUCAUGGAUUCGGUCAUGGUUCCGGAAAGUUCCGGUGCAGAUGCAAAAUGCUGUUGGGGGCCUGAACUGGUCAAAGUGCUCAGCGCGAACGAUGGAGCUGGGAAGCAUACCUAUGGGCAUGAGCGCUUUCCUGCCGGGCUUCAGUUGUUGAAGCUCAUGUCAGACCACAAGGUCAUGCAUCGCUUGGGAGCUGCGUUGGAGCCGGUCAGAGCGUCCACGUACUUGCGCUGGGCUGUGUCGAGCUUAGAGGUCUAUGGAGGAGACUAUGAUGGGGACAUUGGCUUCCAGGACGGCCUGUAUGGCGCAGAUUCCGCGGGCGAACAAUCGGCCGAGCCCUCGAAGAUUUUACGGUCGGCUGCCAGUGGGCCGUCGGGCUUCUGUCGCGAGGUUGAUGACGAUGCCGCCUCAGAAGUCAGCUCAGCGAAGGCAGAGCCAAAGAAGGAGAAUGCGAACGCACACGAGCAGGAAGUAGUGGACGUAGCAGAUGAGGCAGUUCUGCGGCUCGGCGGUGCCCAUCUUGGUGGUUAUGGGGAAUCAGAUGUCGCUUAUGCAUACCGACAACUGGCCAGAGUUUUGCACCCGGACAAGUGGCAGAAUGAAAGAGAGAAAGAGAAAGCUGUCGCAGCAAGCGCCUUCAAACGACUCUCGGAGGCUGCUGAUGAGCUCCGGCAAGCUCUUGCGGAGCAACGACAUGUAUUGAACACCCUAUUUGCCUUUACCGGGCGCACUGCUACCGCUGAAAUGUUGGAAAGACCGCAAGAAGCGAUCUUUGCCGAGGCUUGCCGCUUGCUGCACUUAGUCAGCACAACUGCCGGUGAAGGCCACAUAGAUCGGGUGGCAUUGAACAGAGCUGCAGCUUUGAACUCACAAAAGGCUUUGCUAUUGGCAUCUGAAUGGUUUAAAAAGACAACUCUCUUGGAGCUGUUUGGAGGAACAUCCGUGAGGGCUUCAUAUGAUUGCGCGCCCAAGCGGUAUCGUGCACAGUUUCUUUGCCUUCUCUAUCGCUUGCUGUUGAUUGAGACUCGUCAAUUUGGGGAGCUUUCAUGCAGACCUGCUUGGACAAAGAUCCUGCAGAACUUCCCAGAGCUCGCCUUGUGGCAAGAUUUCCGUGAGCGAUUGCAAUGCCAUGUUUGGGACAACAGCAGCGACCCGACGCCCGUGGAACCCCGCGCUUAUGCAGAUGAGGUGACUCCAUCGCCGGAGGAUGAGGGGCCGAUGGAUGAUGCCACCAAGGCGCAGAAACUUCUGGAUACUUACUGGACGCCCCUGACAGGCCCUGUUUUUCAGACGGCCUACGAGAAGCUUCGGCACCGUGGCAAGAUGACUCUUCAGCUGGGCCUCAUGCAGCUGCUGGAAGAAGCCACACAGGAGGCUGUGACACAAAUUGGUGAGAAGAACUUGAAGGUAACUGGGAGCGGCACUCCGAGCACUGCGAGCGGCGACCGCGGAGCUUGGAAGUUCAAGCAGUCAGUCGAAUUGGUCAAGGAGCAUUGCAAGGAUGAGUCCAUCCGGCGAAAAGCUUUAGAGUUAGAGCGAAUGGUGGACUAUCCUGGAAAAAAUGGCGACAAAGAGACUGCACCAGGAAGUUUGGAGAAGAAGGAGAACAAGUUGAACGAGAAAGAUGAGGGACCGGGAAAGAAGCCUGCGGAUGUUGAGGGCGGGAACCUUCGAAUAGGACGUAGCUCCGAUGGAAAGCCAACGUAUAGACGUCAUUGGGAUGUGAAAGAAGGAGAAAGAGAAAACGCGCAGGACGAUGUAAAGAGAGAAUGUGCAGCAUGGGCUCGUCCAUGGCGACUGGCCAUAGCUGCCAUCCUUCCAUCAGGUGCAGAUGGUGUGCUGCCGUUGACUCAUCCGGAUUUGCGGCAACUUAUUGCCGACUUAUGGUUCCAGGAGAUUUUGACAUGGUCAGAGAGUCAAGACAGCAGGUGCCUUGGGCUUUUCAAAGCAGAUGCUCAGACGCCCCAAACAUUUGGUUGGGCUGGCAGAUCGAAGGCUACACGUGGGCUGGAUCCUGACUUCCCAAUUUGUGAAUGGGCUUUCGUUCCUAUGUCUGACCUACUCCUCGUAGUAGCCGAGGGCAUUAUCGGAAUAACAUCAGAAGGUGUUUUUGCUGACAACUUCCCCAACCAUCAACGGUUCUCAUUGGAGGAGCUGCGUGAGAAGGUGGAUGGAAGAAGCUAG